UCACUAUGGCAACAAGAAACGCUUCUCUCUUAGCCCCGCCCAGCAGCAACAGUUGCCAGCUGUUAACUUCUCCUUUCAGUUUGUAGCUUAAAGCUGUUAACUUAUUAUUAUUUUUCAUUUUUAUUUUUGUAAUCAAGACAAGGCCUCUGUUUCGGAAUCACCACAUCCAUUCACCUCUCUAUCUCAAACCUUUCACCAUGUUGGGCCAGUUCUCCCCUGGUGAGCCCUACAGUGCUCUCUCCACACCACCCUGGAACCCAGCACACCAGCUUCAGCCCUUCCGCUUCCGCUCACGAACUGAGCCCAUAGACUGGAGGCGUCUCUCAGCCCUUGAUGUGGAACGUGUUGAGCGAGACAUGGAUGUUGAUAUGCUUCAGAAUUUCAUUACGACCGUAACGUUCUGUGCCGUGGAGGGCGAGAGGUGCCCAAACUGUCGAGGACCUGCUGACCCUUCUUUGAUCAAACUGCUUCGUAUGUCUCAGCUGAGCACUGAGUACCUGCUGCACUGCCAGGACUUGCUGAGCUCUCAGCUGUCAGGACUGGAGGAGCGUCUGCAGGCGGCACUCUCUCUGGUCCAGCGAGGAGAAGAACAACGAGAAGAACUUGAAAAAAAUGUGCAAGAGGCCAAACAGGAGAAUCGACGGAGAAAAAAAAUGAUCGCCACUCAACAGCUCCUCCUGCAGGCCAGUGCUAAUAAUUAUCACAAGUGCCAGUUCUGUGAAAAAUCAUUUGUCAACUACUCUUAUUUACAAGCACAUGUUCAGAGACGACAUCCUGAAGUUACAGAUGCAGAGAGACAAAAGAAGCGGAAGGUAGAAGAGAUGGAAGAUAGGAUAGAAGAGCUGAAGGAGAAACUGAGAUUGACGCAGAUGCAGCUACAAGCAGAGAGAGAAACAGAAAGUUUGAGGCGACAACAGGAACAAGAGGAGCAGCGAAGGAGAGAACAGUCAGAGAAGGAAGCACUGGAGAGAUGGAAAGAAGAGGAGAGAAGAAAAUCUCAGCAGGAAAUUGGAGAGCUGAGACAGUUAUUUCUCCAGGAGUCUAAAGACAUGGCAAGCAAGAGCUCAUCCAUAGAGGCUAAACUGCUAGUGUUGCAGAACAAAGAGGUGGGUGUACCUAAUAAUGUCACUUUACAAGAAGAGAGUGACCAUGAGAAAGAACUGAGAGAAAACAGAGAGAGAGAGCUAAAAGAGAAAAUGGCCAGGAAGAAAAGUGAAUGGAAGGAGAAAUUUCAGGAAGCACAGAACAGACACCGACAGGAGAAAGAAGAGCUGAAGAGUGAGAAUGCCAGGCUUGUGAAGUCCUUGUCUGUGGAGAAGAACUCUGGCUCCAGUCUGCAGAAACUUCAGCGGCAGGUUGUCUCUCUCUCUUCUCAGCUGAGCCAGAAGGACAGAUUAAUCAAAUCUCAGGAGGAGAAGAUUAAAAAGUUGUCAGUCUCAGUGGUUUUGCAAAAAGCCCAAGAUUCUCCUGAGGAUUCAGAGGAGGAAGAUGAAGAGAGCAUGGAGGAAUCAGAUGAACCCCAGUGGAAGGUUCUAAAGUUACAUAAAGGAAAGUCAGAGCUGAUGAAAGCGUCUAGACCCAUUCUAGAAGAAUCACUGGAGGAGAAACUGGAGAAUAUGGGACUGUGGAAGGGUACCAAGGGUAUCUCUAAGCAAACUUUUAAGAGUCUGAGUGCUCUGUUGACUGGUCAGCGGCUGCAGAAAUACAGACAGCAGCCAGACCUUCAGAACCAAAGAGACAACCUGGCACGUGAGGUCAUCAGGCAAGUGAAAAGCCUACAGAAUAUCCAGGGGAAAUUAACACCCAGCACUUUUAAACAAGGGGGAAAGAAAAAAUCAACACUAGUGAAGGAAAAAAGCAUCCGAUCCAGGGAGGACUCAAAGUCAUCCAGUCGGAGGGCCAAGAGCCAGCAGCCACCAGCACUUAUUCCAACACCCACCCCACGCUCCAAUGCACCUCAGAAACUGACUCCAAAAACACAACAAAAAAAGAAUGGCACACCACCUUUCAGUUCAGAUGAGGAUGAGUCAGUUGAGGACAAUGCCUAUAUCACCAGCUCACGGGGCAAGCCUUCCCCUUCUGUGCGCCUUGUCCAAUCAGGAUCACUGCUGAACCCAACAGCUGAACCUGAUUGGACAGACAGUGAACUGUCAGAGGCUUCUGACACACCCAAACUCCCCAAAAGUCCCAAUUCACAUGGUUCUGUUGUCCAAACACUGACAAGAAGUUUGGAAAGACAGCUAAGCACACCAAUCAAAAAGCCUGUGGGUGGGACUAGAGUUCUGCCCCCAUCCAGCCCCUCCCCUCGCCCUGCCAUUGUAAAACAGAGAGCGCUGUCUGAUGAGGAGAGCGACUUGGAGCUGUCCUCCAUUGCAGAGCUAACAGCCAACCGUGCAGGAGUACGCAGAAGUUCAGAGGUCGGCGGGACCUCAGGGACCAGUGCAUGGAGUUCUGUGGCCAGUAGACCAGGAGCAUGGUGAAGUGUGAUGUGACUGUCAAAUAAAGACAUGUUUUCAUUCCAAACCCAGAAUUUACAAGUUCAGGUACCAAGGAAUCAUUAUUAAAAGCCUUUUUUAUGCUUUAGGAAAUUUGUAAACCCAAAAAUUGUACCCAAGAGAAUAAGCCAUUACUUGUUUGUGUGCUGUAAUAUAACCUUCAGGUGUAAGUAGUGCCAAACAUAGUCCAGGAUACAUUUACUUUUAGCAGCCAAGCAGGAAGAAGCACUAAUAUUUAAUGAGCUGUGAGAUUUUUAUAUACAAUAAUUAAGUAAUCAUUGGGACAAGUUUGUGAUAUUUAGAGUAUAAUUGAUAUUUGAAAUAAAUAUGAAUUUGAUAUUGAAGACUAUGAAUUAAUCAUGAACAUGUGAGAGAAAUUUGGGGAAAUAAAUAUAUA